UUAUUAAGGCGCGAUCAUAUCUCACCAGUUUGGAUAAGUUCCAUUUUUUGCGAAUUAUUUCAAGAUGGAGAUGCCUUUCCUGUUCGUAAUAUUGUCCUUUGCAUUUUUCGCUUAUUCAGAAGCAUCAUGUGGCUUCAUGAACAUCCCACGACCGAAGCACGCCCGAAUGAACUCCUUCUCUACCAAGCGCCUGGAGGUCAAAUUCACCUGCCAGGGGGUAAACAUCGUACAGACUACAGGCAAGAAGAAACAGAUUGUAAAGUGUGUACGGGGAAACUGGGCGGAGGCUAUACCGUGCGUCAAGCCGAGUGAGCGGGUGUACACACAUUGUGAAACCCACAAACAAUGGAUGAAAUUGUUCCCUGCGAUAUUCCAAGCGGAGAAGUAUCCAAUAGGAAAGGUUGUCAGGGUCACGUGCCCAGGUCACUUCCGCCUUGACGGAUUGGCAGAAGUAAAAUGUGAAAAGAAGGGCUGGAACGCUGGCGUGGAUCAACUAAAAUGCAAAAAAAGUACAUGUAAGGUGCCCUCAGAAUGGAAGGACACUGUUCUAAAUAACCUGAACGAUGAAUACUGGAGUGGCCACCGGAUUUUGAUCACGUGCCCGAAACCGGAACAGAUGGCGGCUCCGCUGACGGCCAAAGGAGGAAUCAUCAAAUGCUUACCUGAUGGCACUUGGAGUGUCGAGGAGGAAAAGCUGUGUAAAAGUGACGGGGAAAACUGCGAAGUUCCUAAACUCUGGAAAAAGCUCUUCCCGAAAAUGCUGUUGAAGAAGCAAUACCUUCCCGGGUCGGCACUUAUUCUGAAUGCGUGUCCAACUGGGAUGGCAAUGUCACGUGAUUUGAAUGCAACCAGUGGUGUGGCGACAUGUGGUACUGAUGGAUCAUGGGAUGUCAAGACCCCCUGCGAAGUCAAGAACUGCAAAGUUCCAAAGACAUGGCAUAUCAAUGUAGACCAUGUGACCUUUGGCGAGAAGGUCAAACUACCAAAGUGCCCUCCAGGAUCGAGAUUAAUCCGCCAAAUACUCUACAUAUCGACCAAGGGGAAGCUUGUCUGCAAUGCGCAAGGAACAUUCGGGAUUGACGUCACAGGUCCGUUGUGUAAAAGGUUACCCAGCUUAGUCCAGAAGCAACAGGCCAACCAAGGUCACCAGGGCAAGAAGGGGCAAGGAAACAGUGGUGACCAUGGAAGCACUGGCAACCAUGGUUACAGUCAAAAAACGUAUAGCAACAAUGGGAACGUCAAAAGCGCCCCUAACGGAGCGUGCAGAACCCCGGCAGCGUGGAUUGCCCAGUUCCCCGCCCUCCAGAAAUACCCAAUUUUCAAAAGUGGAAAAGGUAUACAAAUUGAAAGCUGCCCACCGGGUUUGACAUUUGUUCAAGCAGCAUUGAGGGUUAACAAAAUGGCAAGAUGCGCCAAUGGCAGAUGGAAUCUCCCCAAGAGACAGUUUUGUGUUCGGCCCAGCGAAGGUGGGGCUAGCCACGGCGAGAAUGGCGGCGGGCGAAGCUACAGUCAGCAAGGCGGCGGGCAGAACUAUGGAUCAAAGGCAGGAGGUUCCCGGAGCUGCCCGAUACCCAAUCUCUGGCAACAGACGUACCCUGCCUUGGCCAAUCACAAGCUUGCCCCUGUUGGGAUGAAAUUGAACGUAAACUGUGAACCAGGCUGGCACAAGUCUCGGGCCGUCCUGAUGGUCAGCAGUGUAGUCGAAUGCAUGCCAAGCGGCCACUGGAAUAUCCCACCGAUAUUGUUCUGCGAGAAAACAGGUGACUGCUCAACACCGGUGUCCUGGCGCAGACAACUUGUUCCUUUAAGGAAUCGCCCGAGCUUUCCAGAGGAGGGUGGCUUCAAUGUAAACUGCCCCCAGGGUACUGUGAGGACGCCGGAAUUGCAGCGGGCAAAUGGUCGAGUCAAAUGCUUAGGGCAUGGUCGAUGGAACAUACCCACAAACCAGCCAUUCUGUCACAAAAUUUCUCUUUAGUACCAGAUGAAAAUAAAUGUCUUACAUAACCAGCACUUGAUUUAUAUUUCGUUAAGAUUACUUGACGUGAGAUUUCUCCUUGAUGCUUAACACAAAGAGAUUAUGCCAGUGGAAGUAAUCAUGGUAUAUCUCUACAAAAUCUUUAGUUUGCGACACAUUCCAUGUAACUUGGCAUAUUGAUGGUAUUCCAAUUGUUUAGGAGAGUUUUGCGAAAAUAAACAGCUGUGAAAUUUA